AUUACUGUUGGGUAGCACCAGCAAUGUCAAAGCUGCUUCUUCCAAUGCAGUACAUGACUGGCUGUAAGGUUUAAUAAUAUCUCUGCUGAAGAUGCAGCCAAUAAGGCAAUGACAUAAAAUAAUAUGAUGUGCUCCCCCAUUUGUCAAAUGGAUUUAGUUUAGUGUUAUCUUUCUCCUUGUGUCCACUGGAUUCUGUAUAAAAUGGAAAGCUGAAGACAAUUGACUUCCUUGUCCAAUAAAACACAGCACUUUGAACAAAACCAGAAAAAGAAGAAGAUAUACUUGUAUUGUAUACUACUAAUUCAAAGCCGACAAACCACCACCACCACCAGCAGCAGCUCACAUAUCAGGAUUUGAUUGCUUCGGAUAAGAAAUUGAAACUAAAUGGAUUUUGAAGAUACACCACUAGGGCAUCAGAAGUGUGAUAAAGAGAUGGAUGAAGAUGCUGCUGCUAGAAAGCUCCCAGAUUGGGAUCCGCAAGCGAUGUUAUGGAACUUAUCGUUCCUUGAGCACAAGAUCCAUCAACUCCGAAGCAUGGUGCAUUUGAUUGUUCAGCAACAAGAUUGUGUUUCGCAUCGAUCAAAUGGACUCUUAGCUCAACAGCAGCAACUUGUUUCGGCUGACUUAACGUCUAUCAUUGUUCAAUUGAUAUCAACAGCUGGAAGUCUUCUGCCAUCAUCAAAAACUAGCCCCUCCACGGCAAAUGUUCCCAGAAGCGUACAUGUAAGCGAGGCAGUGGAACAAAAUAAUGUUAUUGAACAUUUGGAGAUUGGACAGGCGGUUAAUUACGUGCUUGAGCAAAAUGAUAUAGGUAAGUCUAAUCUGACCGCUGCGGCAGUUGAAGAACAUGAGUUCAAGGAGGAAGAAGAUGUUGAAGAGGGACAUGAUCUUCAUCCUGGUUCUUAUGAAGUCUUGCAGCUAGAAAAAGAAGAAAUACUAGCACAGCAUACACACUUCUGUUUGAUAUGUGCCAAAGGAUUUAAGAGAGACGCCAAUCUAAGGAUGCAUAUGCGAGGUCACGGGAAUCAGUACAAGACUCCAGCUGCACUUGCAAAACCAGCCAAGGAUUUGAGUACGGAGCCAGUUGUUUUAAGAAGGUACUCGUGUCCCUUUGUGGGUUGCAAAAGGAACAAGGAACACAAAAAAUUCCUGCCCUUGAAGACCAUUUUGUGUGUGAAGAAUCACUACAAACGGACCCAUUGUGAAAAAAGCUACAUCUGCAGCAGAUGCAACAACAAGAGGUUUUCUGUUAGUGCUGAUCUCAAAACCCAUGAGAAACAUUGUGGCCGUGAUAAUUGGCUUUGUUCAUGUGGUUCAACUUUCUCGAGAAAAGACAAGCUUUUUGGGCAUGUUGCUCUCUUUCAAGGACAUACUCCUGUCCUUCCUUCUGAUGAAACUAAAGGAUCAGUAUCAGAUGGAGGUGAAAGCCAUGAACUCACAACAAGGGCUGGAAGUACUAGAUUCAACUUUAGCUCAGGUGCUUCUAGUGGAAUUGAUAUUCAGAAUGUUCUGGGUUCAAGAAACGGUGAGGAUGAUCCGUCAAGUUCCUACUCUCAAAUGGAUUUCGAAGCGUGCAAUUUUUAUGGGUUUCCUGAGUUGCCUCGAAUACCAUCAGAAGUUUCAGAAGGUUCGCUUUCCUUUCUUCUUUCUGAAUCCUCUAGCGUCAGAAAUGGAGGGUCACUAGAUGAUGCUUUAUAGUACCUGUUUCCAUUUUCAUUUUCAGUUGUUCUUCCAAAACUCUACUGUAGAUGUAUUUGUACAACAAUACCAUCACCAUGUACCUUUCAUAUUUGGAAUCCGAAUCCAUGUGUUACAUUCAUCACCUCUUGCCUUGUACGUUGUAUCCAACGCCACAUUCUUCAGUAAAAAUUGUUUCCAUUGAAUAAAACGAUAUCUUUUCGACCUCU